CAGCGACAGGGGAGAAUGAGAUCCGUUUCUAGAACCCCAGGAAUUGCGGCAUGGCGCUGCUGAGCGGAAUGUUGCCAUGGGGGGGUUGAUGGCGUGCGACUGAGGGGUCCAGAAUCCCGCGAGGGACUCAUGGAGAGCACUGAAAUUGAAGCUGUCCCCUUCCUAUCCUCAAUUCUCAACCUCCAGUCAUUAAGCAUUUAUUACCGUACCAAUGCCUCGAACCAGCAAAAGAAACAGCUCCAGCACCGAGGAUGCGCGCUCGUCGCCAGCGAAGCGUCUGCGAAGCUCCAGCAAUGGCACGGCCGACCAAAAAGCACCCAAUGCGGCUGCGGCACAGAAUGGCCAUGCGAAAAAGCAGAUUCUGUUGAAUGCUUUCGACAUGUCUACCGUAGGCCAUUUGAGCCCCGGGCAAUGGAAGAAUCCAAAGGACCGCUCGGCCUACAAGCGGGAUCUGCAGUAUUGGAUCGACCUUGCAAAGAUCCUGGAACGAGGGGACAUCAACACACUCUUCCUCGCAGACACAUAUGGCGGGUAUGAUACAUACGAGGGGAGCCUGGACAAUUGCAUCCGGAGGGCGGCGCAAUGGCCAGUGACAGACCCUACCAUUCCAAUUAGUGCAAUGGCCGCCGUGACAAAAAACCUCUCCUUCGGCAUUACAGCCAGCACAACCUUCGAGCCGCCAUUCCUGCUGGCGAAACGUUUCUCUACUCUAGAUCAUCUCACCGGGGGGCGAAUUGGAUGGAACAUUGUCACUUCAUGGAAGAAAACAGCGUUCAAGGCCAUCGGAAUCGAUACUCCUAUAGAGCAUGACGAGAGAUACAAACAGGCGGAUGAGUACCUACGUGUCCUCUACAAGCUGUGGGAAGGCUCGUGGAGCGACGAUGCAAUAAUCAAGGACGUUGCAAACGAUGCUUAUAUCGACCCUGAUAAAGUGCGACAGAUUAACCACCACGGCAAAUAUUUCAACUUAGAAUCGAGACACAUUGUUGACCCGUCCCCACAACGGACCCCCUUCCUCUUCCAAGCUGGCACCUCACCGGCCGGAUCUGCCUUUGCAUCCAAGCAUGCUGAAGCAAUCUUCGUCACCGGGCAUGCUCCCUCGGUCCUCGCCCCCAAAAUAGCUAACAUCCGCCGUCUCGCCAAGGAAGAAGGUCGUGAUCCUGCCUCCCUCAAGUUCUUCUGCACCUUUACUCCCAUCCUCGGCCGUACCGACGAGGAAGCUCAGGAGAAACUGGCAGAGGUAAAGAAAUAUGCAUCGACCAUCGGGGGUCUCGUCCUCUUCAGUGGCUGGACCGGAAUCGAUAUCUCAAAAUUGCCACUGGGCAAGGAGAUCACAAAGGACGAUUCGCUAGAAGCCCAUAAAGUGACCUCUACGCUGAACGCGUUCACGACGACCAGCAAGAAUGUACCAAAAUGGACUCCCGAAGUUGUAGCAGAGGUAGCAUCGAUAGGGGGCCUAGGCCCCGUGUCUGUUGGAUCGCCCUCAACCGUGGCCGACGAGCUCGAGCGUUGGGUCGCCGAGGCCGACGUCGACGGCUUCAAUCUCGGUUAUGUGACGACGCCAGGGACAUUCGAGGACGUGGUGGAUUUGCUGGUUCCGGAGCUGCGCAGACGUGGAAUCUACCCACAGAAGACGCAGGAGGGGCUGACGGCCCGAGAGAAGGUUUAUGGGCCGGGGCAGGCACGUCUGAGAAGCGAUCAUACAGGCAGCAAAUAUAAGUAUGAUGUCUACCAGGAAGAACCGCCGUACGUUGCAGAACCGGUGGAGAAAGAGGCAGCCAAUGGGAAUGGCCAUGCGGUAGAAGCACAGGCCUAAGCGAAGGGGAAAGUGUAGGUAUAAAACAUGUACCAAGAAUAAGGUAUUUAUCUUACCUAGUAUGUGAGCACGGAGGAAGAAGAAAAGAAAAGAACAUCUACCCGAGAUCCAAAUUCCCCGGCCUCCGAGAUCCCAAUCCCGAUCCCGAUCCCAACGCGGGACCCCUGUCCGGGCCGACCGGGCCGCUCCUUUCCCAACAAGUCAAACGGCCGGAUCUGAAACAUUAGCCCGGUCGGCGCUCCACAAAAGCCCACCGCGGCCAUGGUUCAAGCCACGCGCGCCGUUUUCGGAUUGGC